AUGUCGGCUUUUUUUUACAACCCCCGCGGGCGCGGGGGUAACACGGUGCCCUUCAGGAAAAGGAAGUCACGCUUCACCUUUGACGAGGUCCAGCUCCUGCUGAACGAAGUGAGGAACAACCGGCACAUCGUUAUUGGAAAGUUCAAUCGGGGCGUCUCGGCAGACGUGAAGAAGCGCACGUGGGCGGAGAUAACCGCCCGCAUCAACGAGAUCAGCGAGUGCCCGCGCGAGAUCAUCGAGGUCAUCAAGAAGUGGUCGGACCUCAAGUGCGACACCAAGCGCAAGGUGGCGGCCAUGCGGGCGGGCGGCACCGGCGGGCCGCUGCGCCUCUCCCGCGACCUCUCGCCCGUGGAGAACAUGGUGCACCAGAUCCUGCAGCUGCCCCCGCCUGACGGCGCCGCCGGCUACCCGGGGGGCUGGGCGGGCCUGGGGCACAGGAGAGCCGAGGAGAAUGGGGAUGACGAUGAUGACGAUGACGACGUCGUGCUGGGCAUGCCUGUCACCGGCGCCGUCCCGGAGGGAGGCUCCGUCAACGGCAGGCUGGACAUUCCGGGGGUGCUGCCUGUGCCGCCCUUACACCCCCACCCCCUGGGGAUGCCCGGCUCUGUGCCUGUACCUCCCCUCUCACUCAACCGCAAAGGGGAGCUCAUCAUGCCCCCCUCCAUGUACAGGCUCUCAGCCCGGGAGCCAGCCUUCUCUUUGCCAGUAUCUGGUGACCCUUCGCUUCCAUCUUAUGAAAUGCAUUAUGAAAUUCCGCACAGUGAAGACCAGGUGGUGGAUCUGGAAGACUCGGACGGGGAUAGGCGAGAGGGUCCCCGGCCCCCACCCUUCCUGCCCCCUCCCAGCACUGCCGAGGAAGAGCGCCUCCUGUCCGGCCUACGCCGCGUCGCCUCCUCCUCCUCCGCCCCGCCUUCCUCCUCCUCUUCCUCCUCCGCCGCCUUUCCCGCCGCCGGCCCCUCCGCCUCGGCCUCCGCCCCUCCUCCGCCGUCCUCCAGGGUCCCCGAUUCCCCCCCGCAGCCCCCUGUGGUGCCCCCGACCGCCCGGGACAGGAUGCUGCAGAACGCGGCGGCGAGCGUGCAGGAGCAGCACGCGGCCAACCUGCUGCUGGAGACGGUGUCACGCUCGCUGGUGCUGCUCUCCGAGUCGGUGCAGCAGCUGGUGGAGACGCAGCAGGAGUUCGUGCGCGACUCCCUGCGGCUGCAGCAGGAGACGGUGCACAUCCUGCGGGAUUUCUCCUCCGGCGCGCUGGCGCUGAUGCGCGACAAGCUCAACGGCCGGCCGUCGCCGUAGCGACCGUGGCCCCCGGCGACUGCCCCCUCCCCCAGGGACUUUUCCCGCCACGCCCAAGUGGAUCGGCACACAUGUGCUGGG